AGCUGUACGUUUUAUGUCCAAUGGAUGCAUGAUCUGAUUAGUCGACUAAUUGCAAAAAUAAUCAGUGACUAGUCGGCUAUCAAAAUAAUCGUUUGGGACAGCCCUAGUUUAAAUGCCCCCUCCUCUUUUUUUGACAUUAUUUCUGAUCAAGGAAAAAAAAUAGUAUUAAUGUAAAUUAAUGUCAAUAGCCUUGUUUACAUGGGCACAAGUAACCUCAUUAAAAGCCUGUCUGCAUUUAAAAAGAAGUGUAAACAUGCCAAUUUGAAGAUUGUUAUGUGAUCAUGCUCCUUUAAGGUGAUUAAAAUUUCCAAUUGUUAAUCGGUUUGAUCUGUAUGUAAAUAGUUCUUCCAGUGUUCAGGGUGAAAUUAUUCUUGCUCUACAUGUCUGUUACAUCAACACAACAAAAACAAGUUGAAGGUCUGUUCAAAAAGGAAAAAUAACACAAACUUCACAAAUGUUAGAGAGGGGAGAAGCUGAAAUCUGUGACAUGCGGUGUUUGUUUACAUUGGAAAAGACAACUGCUUCUACUGUUUUCCAGAAAGUUAGACUAUUCUGCGCUUGUCAAAUGCUUGGAUGUGUGUAAAUGCAGGUAAUGGUCAGAUCACUUGGUUUAGUUUCUAUGUAAACAAUGACGUUAUAUUACAGGUUUUAAUUAGAUUUACAUUUUGCACGUGUAAACAUGGCUAAUGAGAGCAGCAUUAUGUAUUUGAUUUGCUGCCUCUUGAUUUUAACACGUUAGCUUGUUUAAUUUAAUGAGAAUGAAAUAGUCUCUAAAAGUGCUGGUAGAUUGCUUUGUUGAUACAGCUUCUUUAAUUUUCAGUGGAGUGCACAAAACAAGACAAGACAACAUGCACUGGGCAGAGCUGGAAUGACACCUAAUGCAUUCUUUCUGGUAAUAGCAGCUAGAGAUGACGCUUUCACACACGCAGAAAUACAAGAGUUACUAUUGGAUUCUUUAUUCCCAGUGAUGAUAGGCAUCCAGCUUGGAGAUAUAAGGAGUUAUUGUCUCAGAGCAUCUGUCAAAUAGCUGAAAACAGAUAAAAAGUAGUGAUGGUCUUUCUGUUUCUAUGUUUGUUUGUUUUUCUUUUCCCACCCCUGAACAAAUCUUUUCAGUCUCUCAUUUGAUUGGCAUAUUUUUGGACACAACAAAAUAGAUCUUUUAGUCUUAGCUUAGUCAUGCGGAAAAGAUGGUUUUAGUGCAAGCUUCUGUCUCUCAAAAGUAAAUUAUGAUAACACUGAAGUGUGAACGAAUACACUGAGUGGUUGGGAGUUUUUAUUAAGAGCCGGGCGCACAGAGAUGAAAGCCCGGGGCUGGUCUUCAUGUGCCACCUCGUCUGUGUUUUUGUUUUUCUGCCCAUCAUUGUCUCAUCAGUCUCUGGAGUAUGGAAACAUUUGUAUCGGGUGUUGUCAAAAGAGUUCAAAACAUCAGUCACCAGGAGAGAAUGUGGUUAUUUGCUUAGUACAACAGCUUAUUGUUCAUCUUCCUGUUUAAGAGUAAAAAUGUAUAUUGUAAUAGAAGGUCGUGACUAGGAUCUGGAGUAUUUUGUUGUGAUACUUUAAAACUGUGGACAGACUGUCACUUUCAGUCUGUGUCAGAGGCUAUUGGUAGUUACUGGUGAAAGCUCUGUAGCAUGGCUCUUUUUUGGCAGGAUAAGAUUUUUUAGGACAUUAAUUUGUCAGGUGUGCCAUUAGUUCGGUAAAUAUAUUGCCCUGAUCCCUACCUUAUUUAUCUAAAAUUUUGUGCUUAUUUUUAAUUAAGUAAUUUGCAGGGUUUUCUAAGGUUUAUUUGUUUGGCGUAUAUUGAAUCAAAUGCUGUUUAAUAAAAAAUAAAUAAAUCACACUUUCCUCAGUCAGUGUGAAACCAAAUGUGCUCUUUUAUCAGCUUUAGCACCCUGUUAAAAGAGAGACCUCAAACAAGGGGAUUUUGCCAUUACUGCAGUUGGCGAUAAGGGAGUCUGACACUGUUCAUCAGCUAGAGCUUGCCUGAGAGCAGAGUUUCUUAGUCUUCAGUUCUGUUUCUGAUUGCCUUUGCUGCAGGCUGGGGUUAACAUGGUUGUUGUCUCUCCAGUAUGCAGUAUCAAAAGAUCAUUAUUCACAUCUCCACCCCACAGCUAGUCUUGUAGCAGCUAAUACAUUUUUACACAAACCUCUGUGUCCCUUAUUUUUAGUUAAGGCGGAGAACACACUGCUGAGAUGAAGUGAUGAUAGUAAAGGUAGCUAUAAAGUCCCCGGCAUUUGCAGGGCAGUCUUCAAACACUCCCUGAGCUCUAUUCAGCAACUACAGAGCACUUUCCAAUACGGAUUUUCCAGUGGGUGUGGUUACAAAAGCCAAAAUGUCCUAUGUAAUCCAUUACUGCAUGAUUGAUGAUAUUAACUUUGCUUCCAAAAUAAUUCCUGCAAGAUUAAAUUAUAACAACCAGGAUAGACAUAUUUACCUCUCAGCCUUGUUGUCACCUGGGAGGGUGAGUGGGUGAAUGGCUUGGACACCUAAAUGCACUGAAAUAACUUGAAAAUGAGGCAACAUAGGAGCUUGAAAUUGACAUUAUAGGUGCAUCUACUAAAAAUCCUGGACUACUUCAGACUAAGAAACCAAGAGCAAAAGCAACCGGAUAUACUGCUGUCAUACUCUAAAUGGCACCAUAGUGGAAGUGGAAUUCUUUUCUUGUAGUCUUGUGGUCUGAUAGCGAAUGGCCAAAAUAGUUAAAUGAGUGGCACAUUAAUUCCAAGGUGUGCUUUCUGACACUGACUGCCUUGGAGUGUGAUGUUGGCCCACAGCUGUUCUUACAUAACAGCAAUCUUUAUAGGCUGUCCUGUGUUUCCAUGGUGAUGUGUUUGGUUUCCAAGGCAACUGUACUCCUAACAGGAGCUGAGGCCAGCUGAACACAUGGACCUACAUUUCUUAGGAGAAAGGAGGAAAGGGCCUGGUGAAAUGGCAAACUUUCUGUGUCUGAUGAUGUUUUGCUUACUCUGUCCACAAGGAAUAAACGCUUUUGAGAUCUGAUCAUUUGUCACUUGUAAACAGCAGAAAAGAGUUGCACUGAAUAUGCUCCUGCUGGAAUUUGCAGUGUCUGUUGUUUAACAGCUGGAGGGACUCUGUUGAUGUUUGAAGUGAGGCUGAGUGGAGUAAGAAAUUAUGUAUCAAAUGCUUUUGAGAUGGCAGUGAAAGUGACCUUAUUCAGUGCUGUUUGAGGGUUUUGUUAAAUGCAUAAAAUUAAAUGUUCCUUUUGACCUUUCUGUGCUUUGUUUACGCAGGUAUGGCAGUGGAUUUGAAAGCUAGCAGAUUAUUGUGUACCCUUUGUCUUCUUUCUCUCACAGCUCUCCUUCUCUCAUCUGCCUCUAUGUGGUUUGAAUAUAAUUUAAGAGAUACAUGGUUCCACCUGAAUUUGCAGCACUAAGCAGAACUUUUAGCAUUGUGCAUUGCCGGUUUGGAUUCUAGGGUGAUGGCAGCUUUAAAUGAAAGGAUCCUAUUACAGUGUUCCUGCAGUCCUUUAGUCCGCAGAGUUGGCUCAAUGUGAACAAGAUUUAGGAUUCCAAUCAGACCUAAAUGUUGUUUUCAUGGUUUUACUAUAUUAACUUUGUCUCAAAGAACCUUAUUAAUUAUUAGUAUCUCCAAAACAUUUUUUUUUAAAAUCAAAAAACCUAUCAGUACUUGUCUGAUUAGAAACUUCAACACAAGCACAAAUUUCUUCAUUGCCACCGAGUGCUAAUGGACUGAAAAAGAUGCAGAGUUAAAGCUUUUCUAAACAGUCUCAAUUUUGAUAUUGAUUGUAGGGCAUUAAGCUCAAAUGGAUAAUGCUGAUAUGUUGCUGACUUGCGAUAAAAUGCUGUGGGCCAUUAGUGUCAAUAAUAUCUGUAGGUACUUUUUUUCCCCCCUAACCAAAGUAAGUCACAAAAGUCCAGUUUCAUCAAACGCGGUUUAUUUAUGCACUUAUUCUGUGAAAUAUCAUAUAAACAUUUUGCGGUCUUACAAUUCACGCGGUUUCAGAUUGUGAAAAUGCUGGCAAACCUUCUCCACUUCUCAGAUGGCUCUAAAUUGGUGUGUUUUACACUCAGCAUGAAAAGGUAUAUUUCUGUAUUGUGGUGUUGAUUUUUCUGCGUUUCUUGACUGUGGGUACAAUUUCUUUGCCUCAUUGCCAUUAACAGUUAACACCAUCAACAGGAAAUGUAACGUGGCUUUUCAGCAAAUUAAAUCAAAGUGAAAAAGAUGUGACUAACUGUCUGGAAGCAUUGAGACCUUUUUCUGGUAACCCACUCUGACAUGGGUCAGUGUUUGAAGAACUGCAGACACUGCAGUGUUGUCAGAUAGCUUUGGUAUGUGUUAGUCUCAACUCUGCCUGUCGCUAUUAUGAAUAAAGUGAAAUGAUUGUACAGUGAUUUUAAAAAGUUCAUGAUGUAUGAAUAGCUUACUCUAGAAGAGGUCACUGCCUUGCAACAGCAUGUAACAGCUGUUUUGGACGCUAAGUGAUGCAAAUUGUCUUUCUUAGCCUGAUUUAAUUAAUUUGGCACAUGGGCAUCAGGGCAGCUGGUGUGGUGCUGCAACUUCAGCAGAGGCGAUUGUGAUGGUUUUUGAAAGUUCAGCAAUAUCUGCCCACCUUCAAACCACAGCUUUGCUCGAUCAUCAGAGCUGCUUCCAAAUGUUACUGUUUGCUCAGCAUUGGUAGGAUUUUACUCGUGAUAUGUAAACAGUCAGUUUUUUAGGUGGGGGAUCAGUGAGGAGUGAAAGAAGAAUGUUGAUACUGAUAAGUGAAAAAGGAUUGGCCCGAUUGGUUAGUCUGAUAAUUGCAUGAUCCCUGCAUACAUGCAUAAAAUACUUACACUUAUUGCACCUUUUUAAAGAGCAUUCUUUGGGUUUUAAGUUGUCGUUCUGGAUGUUUCGCACAUCACACUAGAGCCAAAAUGAUUAUCACUAUUUUUUUUUUUUUUUUAAUCUGUAUUGAGAUUCUGAUUAUUCAUUUUUAGUGACAAAAAUGUUUUUAUUACACUUUCGUGUGAACAUAACAGUGCUUUAACAUCCAUGUUGUGCUACAUUGCAGCUAAUGUACAGAUUUUUAGCAUAAAGAUAAAAUUUGUCCUCCUCGUUCAUGUAAAUUCAGUGAAUUUCUCAGAAGAAAAUUUGUAAAUAAUGAAUCAAGUUUCACCAAAACGUAACACUAACUGAAAUACAUUUACAUUGAGCUACAAUCCUGGUAAUUAAAACAUUUUUGCAGACAAUGAGGUCCACUUGACCUACGUGCCUCUCCUAGAGGCAAAAUAUAAAGUCUUUAAUUCGUGUUGCUUUGCAGUGCAACAACAGCUCUUCAGCACUCUAUGAUUUCCUCUUGGUUAACAUCACUAAAAUUAUUUCCUAACAAUGGAUGGUGAUGUUCACCUUUGACUUUGGUUAUCUGUCUAUCUGUAGUAUUACUUAUCCAUACUAGUCCAGGAAACUUGCACCGUGCUGGGAACAGCUGUGAUCGGCUCGUGGAGGCAUUAACUUGGCGCUGAUUUAGGUAUCGCUUGAUUUGCUGUUACUUGGUGACUUCAAAAACUUCAUUUAAUUAUCGGAAGCGAAAAUUGGGAUGGAUAUUAAAAUGUGAUUAAUUGUGCAGCUCUCCAUCAAACUAAAUAUAGUCGAUUUUUUUUUUUCAUAUUUUUAAGCAGCGUGACAAAAGCUGCCACUGCUUCAGUUUUUAAAAUGAUUGAUUUGCCCCUUCAUGUACUGAGGAUCCGUCAUUAACACCUUUUAGCUUCACAUGACACAUUAAUGGCUGAAGAGCAGAAAGCUUUGUACUAUGACCUGUAAAAGUUGUUUUUCUAGUCCUAUUGAGGCUCUAUGUGAUUGGCAUAUAUUUCAGUGACUUCAUUCAUAAUGAUUCAUCAGGUUGAGAACUUCCAUGAUUUGUGACAGAUGGCUUAAAUAUAUGUGCAAAAGUACACAAUCAAAGCAGUGCUGCUGACAAAUUUUAUUAAAUAUGUAACCUUUUAUGCUGUACAUUUAAAAAAUAAAGUAUAUUUUGUUGAUAGAGAUUGACCAACAACAUGGAAAAAAUUACUAUUUGGAGAUUCCCUUGCAUCAUUAAUAGGCCAGGGACAGAGGAUCUCUCUCCCUAAUGAGUGUCUGGCAUCAGAUCUCAGUGCUCUGUAUUCCUCUGUCAAUAACUCACGCCCUAGUUACAUGACUGAAUCAAAACUGAGUUUUCUUUUCCUGAAUGGUUUCAAAGAGUAUGCAGCCUCGCUGUCUUUUCUCAUUCUCUUAUUUCUUAAUUGCACUUUAAGUUGGUUUUUAUGACAAAAGGAAAGCAACAGAUAGGAAAACAAAAGGUGAAGAACAUAAAAGUGCUUGAUUUUAGGAAAUCGGGGACGAAUGCCAUUGCAAAGAUAGCCAUGUCAACCUCAGCUGUCUCCUCUUUGGACAGAGUCUGGAGUUUCCUUACACGUGGAAGACGAGGCCAGCCCAGGAUGAACGGCGAGUCAGGUGCCGGGGUGGUGACAGCCCCCCCUCCCACCACAGCCCCCCACAAGGAGCGAUAUUUUGACCGGGUAGAUGAGAGCAGUCCAGAGUACCAGAGGGAGAGGAACAUGGCACCGGACCUGCGACAGGACUUCAACAUGAUGGAGCAGAGGAAGAGAGUCUCCAUGAUCCUACAGAGCCCCGCCUUUUGCGAGGAGCUAGAGACGAUGAUCCAGGAUCAGCUGAAGAAGGGAAAGACGCCCACAAGCCUAUUGGCUCUGCAGCAGAUCGCAGAUUUCAUGACCACCAGUAUGCCUUCCAUGUACCCUGCAGCACCACAAGGAGGCAUGGCGGCACUCAAUAUGAGUUUGGGAAUGGUGACUCCAGUCAAUGAUCUGCGUGGCUCUGACUCCAUCUCCUACGACAAGGGCGAGAAGCUGCUGCGCUGCAAGUUGGCUGCCUUUUAUCGGCUGGCUGACUUGUUUGGCUGGUCUGAGCUCAUCUACAACCACCUCACAGUCAGAGUGAAUUCAGACCAGGAGCGCUUCCUUAUUGUUCCCUUUGGGCUCCUUUACAGUGAAGUCACUGCCUCCAGUUUGGUGAAGAUUAAUCUCCAAGGUGAAAUGGUAGACCGUGGCAGCACCAACCUUGGAGUCAACCAGGCCGGUUUCACUCUCCACUCUGCCAUCUAUGCUGCACGUCCUGAUGUCAAGUGUAUCGUACAUAUACAUACACCUGCAGGGGCAGCGGUGUCAGCCAUGAAAUGCGGGCUGUUACCCAUCUCUCCUGAGGCCCUAUCCCUGGGUGAGGUGGCCUACCAUGACUACUAUGGCAUCCUCGUGGAUGAUGAAGAAACUACUCUUAUACAGAGAAACCUUGGCCCUAAAAGCAAGGUGUUGAUCCUUAGGAACCAUGGCUUGGUGUCAGUAGGUGAAACAGUGGAGGAGGCUUUCUAUUACAUCCACAAUCUGGUCACUGCCUGUGAGAUCCAGGUACGAACACUGGCCAGCGCUGGAGGGCCAGAUAAUCUGGUGAUGUUGGACCCUGGGAAAUACAAGUCACGCCCACAGGUCCCUGAGCCAGCUGGUGACGGGUCCUCAACCCAUCCCAAGUGGCAAGUCGGGGAGCAGGAGUUUGAAGCCCUCAUGAGAAUGCUCGACAACUUGGGCUACAGAACGGGCUAUCCUUACCGCUGCCCAGCCUUGCGAGACAAAGGUAAAAAGUACAGUGAUGUGGAGAUGGCCUCCUCCGCCCACGGUGGUUACUCAUAUGGGGAGGACAGUGACUCAGGUGCUCGCUCCCCAUUGAAACACAGCUUCCAGCGCGGCCAGCGCGACAAGACCCGCUGGCUAAAUGCCAGCGGCCGCCCCGAUGAGCCCUCUGAGGACGGGGCCGACGGCAGCAGCCCCAAGUCGAAGCCUAAGGUGUGGACGAACAUAACACAUGAUCACGUCAAACCCUUGCUGCAGUCUCUCUCGUCCGGUGUCUGCGUGCCAAGCUGUAUAACCAACUGCUUGUGGACAAAGGAAGAUGGGCUCCGCCAGGCUGCUGCAGUCAAUCAGUUCAUCCCACUGAACACCAACCCAAAGGAAGUCCUGGAAAUGAGGAAUAAGAUCCGGGAGCAGAACCUGCAGGACAUAAAGACAGCAGGGCCCCAGUCCCAGGUUCUGUGUGCCAGCACUGUGGUCGAACGCUCCUUUAACCAGAGAGUGUCAAUCUGGCAGGACGCCCCUCUGUCUGACUGUACAGACACUAUUGAUGGCCUUGAUGUGUCCGAGGGCUCCUAUAGUCCUGCUAAAUCUAUUAGAAAGGGUGAACUGGUGACUGCAUCCAAGGCAAUCAUCGAAAAGGAGUAUCAGCCCAAGGUUAUCGUCAGCAAGCAGGGGCCCAACCCCUUCACCAAACUCACCGAUCAGGAGCUGGAGGAGUACCGCAGGGAGGUGGAGCUUAAACAGAAAGGAGGUGAAGUGCAGGGUCGAUCCAUGAGUAGGGGGGGAUCAGCCUCUGCUGUACCCAGCCCGGCGCCUCAAACGGCACAGAUGGGUCAAGCCUCAUCAUCUCCACCGUCUGCAGCUGACUCCUCCAGCUUAGAGAAAGCCCAGCCUACAGCUGCCACACCAGCCUCUGAGCACGGCUCUUCUGUCGGCGGAGCUGAGCCAUCUCAGAGCGGAGCAGACUCUGCAGGAACAGUGGCAGACGAUGUUUUUUCGACUGCAGACGAGGUUUUUUCAGAUUCUCCACAUAAGGACUUCCACUGUGCUGUGCUGCGAGCCCUCAGCAAGGAGCCCUCGGUGGUAGAUGCAGCUAAGGCAGAUCCAGGGCAGCUUGUAGAGUCUGAGAACGAGCCCAAAGACCCCAAACCCACAUCCACACCACCCAGCACCCCAAUCAGAGCAGAGGAAGACGAGUCCUUUACCAGGUACACGAGUGCUUUAUUUCUCUUGUGGCUUUCUGAGCGAACUUGCUGUUGGUUUAGCUGGUUGAAGCCAAAAGCUUGGCUGUGUGGUGGUGCUUGGUCUCCAUUUUUAUCUGUCUGUGUUGUUCGGCCUUAUCUGUAUACUGACAGACAUGAAGAUAUGCGAAAACUGAAAUGCGCUGCUGUUUUCUCGAGUCUUGUUUUGCAGUAGUCACUGUUGCAUGCAAACGGUUUUAAAAAAAUAAUGAAAAUCCAGUGCGAGCUUGCAGCAAUACUUUUAGGAUGCUGUUUGUGCCACUGACCCUUGAAACAGAACAUCUAUGAUGCAGCACUUUUUUUUCUUUUCUUAUCUUAUCUUAUCUUUUUUCUUUUUUUGCUGGGAGUGUUUUUUUGUUUGUUUGUUUGUUUGGUUUUUUUAAAAGACGAGAAUUAGUUCAGGUCACUAGAAAAACCUUCCAACGUCAGUACUGACUUGGAGUUUUAAGGCACUCUCAUAAACAAGCUUCCCAUUGGCAAAAUAACCCCUCACAUCAUGAUGAUUAUAUGGACAAGUUUAGUAUUUAGAAAUUAAACGGGAUCUUUGCCAACAAGUAUGCAAACAUCUUAUUCCCUUCCCAGCAGCUUGAUUAAUACUGUACAUACUGGUGGCUCCUGUUGAUGCUUACUACUUUUUGAGAGCUGAUGCAGUGUUGAAUUAAUUCCCUUCCCCUGAAAAAUACACUAAAUACACUUAAAAAAAAAAAAAAAAAGAAUCUUUGCGCUGUGGACGUUUCUCUGAUUUGUGCGUGCUCUGUUGUAUUUCAUUUUGUUUUGUUUGUACACAGGGUACAAAUGAACAAGGGAACUGCCCUCAUUAAGAUUUCCCUGUUUAAAUGAAGGUAAAAGAAAGAAUGCAGAGUGCUCGCUCAGGCCUGUCAAAGUGAUGGAAAUGAAAGGAAACAGGGAGAAGAAUUCCCAAUGAGAGCGGUGUUCAGUGCAUCUUGGUUGAGGUUUUGCUCUGUAAAAAGCUACAAAGUUGAAGUAGUGGAUUAUUAGUAUUUUUUUUCUUUCUUUAAAUGUAGUGUGAGUAUUGCCUGCGCAAGUGUUAGACUUGUGGUCACUGAAGCUUUCUUAGACUAAAGCACCUUAAGUCAGUAGUGUUUGGGAUGGUUUUAUUAUGUCACAUAAAUAAAUGACUGUGUGGACUGCAGAGAAAGGUGGAUGCAUCUAAAAUAGAAAAUCGCAUGGAUUUUGCAGCUUACCCAGUUGUAGUAACGCCGCUCAGCAGUGCAGCUCCAUUAGUUUGUCCCCUGAGUCCACUAACUCUCUCCAUCUGCCCCUCCACCAGAGUCCUUGCCAGAACAAACCUUUAAGGAUGAGAGUGACGCAGCCACCCUGAGACAGACCCUUCCAGAUUUAACACCCGAUGACCCUUCAGAUGCUCCAGCGCUUCCUGCCGAAGACUCCACCCCCGCCACUGCCGACACAGCCG